AUGAAGGAUCAAAAGAUGUUGAUGGGUUUUACUCUCAAGCAUUUGUUGGUGUUGUCUUUGGCUUUGAACGUGGGUUUGAUCUCUAGGGUGGUGUAUGUUGGGGAAAAGAGCGUUUCUGGGCUUUGUUUGGAGAACCAGGACAAGAAAGAGGCGCAUGAUAGCAAGAAAUCACGUCUGGUGACUUCAAAUGUUAAAAAGGAACUUCAAAAUGGCGGAGACGGUGUCAUCGAUCUCGACCAAGGCUAUCGCCUAGUGCUGACAAUUUAUGCUGAUGAAGGAGGGGGCUUCACGAAAUUUCCAAAAUCACAGGGAUACAAGUGA